UCUUAACUCUUGAAUCUCUCCCUCUUCAAAGUGUUUGUCAUUUUCUUCCUUGAAAAAAAUAAAAAAUAAAUCCCAACCCAAUGGAGAAACAGCUGCAACAAUCAGCAGCCUCCUUUGCUUCUUCAUCUUGUUGGUCUUCUCUUCUUUCUUUCUACUGUAAACAGUGUCUCUUUCUUUAACUCCAGCUCAAAUGGUUAAGUCCACAUUGUUCUCUUCAUUCUGAUCUCUUUGGAUCAACAAUUUACACACCCUUUACUACUAUUACACUCAGGAAGUCAACUUCAUCUAUCACAUGGAGCAGUAUGAGGUGCUAGAGCAAAUCGGGAAGGGAGCUUUUGGUUCAGCACUUCUAGUGAGGCAUAAGCGUGAAAAGAAGAAGUAUGUGCUUAAAAAAAUCCGUCUCUCCCGCCAGACUGAUAGGUCUCGUAGAUCCGCUCAUCAGGAGAUGGAGCUUAUUUCUAAAAUUCAAAACCCGUUCAUAGUGGAGUACAAAGAUUCCUGGGUAGAAAAGGGUUGCUACGUAUGCAUUAUUAUAGGUUAUUGUGAAGGAGGAGACAUGGCCGAAGCCAUAAAGAAAGCAAAUGGCAAGCUUUUCUCGGAAGAGAAACUGUGCAAGUGGCUUGUUCAACUCCUGAUGGCUCUCGACUAUUUGCACUUGAAUCAUAUUCUUCAUCGUGAUGUCAAGUGUUCGAACAUCUUCUUGACAAAAGAUCAAGACAUUCGUCUCGGUGAUUUUGGACUUGCCAAAAUUUUGACUUCCGAUGAUCUCACAUCCUCUGUUGUUGGAACUCCGAGCUAUAUGUGUCCUGAGCUUCUGGCUGACAUACCAUAUGGCUCUAAGUCGGAUAUCUGGUCGUUAGGGUGCUGCAUAUAUGAAAUGAUUUCUCUCAAGCCUGCAUUUAAAGCAUUUGAUAUGAUGGCGCUGAUAAACAAGAUAAAUAAAUCAAUAGUUUCUCCACUUCCGACAAAAUAUUCUGGGGCCUUUCGUGGUCUUGUUAAAAGCAUGCUGCGCAAAAAUCCCGAACUCAGACCGAGUGCUGAGGAGCUACUCAAACAUCCGCACCUUCAGCCAUACAUUCUCAAAGUUCAACAUAAAAUCAACAACCCAAGAAGGAAUAGUUUGCCUGUGGAUUGGCCUGAAACCAAUAUAAAGAAAACUAGAUUUUCGGAUCCAGUAGAUGUUCGUUUCUCUGGAUACAGGGAGAGGUGUUUGCCGUUCGGUGAUAGGACUUUAAAUCCAAGCAUUUCUGGAGCUGAGCAAGAUUUGGUUUGCUCUACCAAAGGAAUACAUCAUGGUGUACCGGGUUAUUUAGAUCGAAGAUUAGAAGAUUUGUCAAUUGAUAGCAGCCAUGAAGGAACAGUCAUUUGCAAGCCAAUUAUUUCAAAACUUUCUUGUAGCACCAAGGAUAUGAGAAGUUCUUCGGCAAAGGCUUCUGCAACUCCCAAGAGAAAGACACAGCCCUCAAAAAAUCGUGACUCGUUUCAUGGUUCAGGCACCCCAAUUAAAAAACCUCUUCCUGCUACUCGAAGAUCAUCAUUGCCACUACCAAGAAGGACUACGGUCCGAGAAUCAACUUCUCUGUCUAAAGCUGGUAUUCUUCACCUCGUACAAUCACCGGAUGUUUCGGUUAAUGCUCCUCGAAUCGAUAAGAUAGCUGAAUUCCCAUUAGCCUCGUAUGAAGAUGCUUUCUUCCCCAUCCACAAAACUUCAUCAAUAUCGGCGCAGGGCUCUUCUGGCUCACCACAAUUUGUCGAAUGUUCAAUCACAAAAGACAAAUGUAUGGUUCAAACUUGUGAUCCAGCUUCAACCAAGCCCCAUUUCACUGAUGCAUGGCAGGGAAUUCAACGCAGCGUGUUUCAAGCCGAUGGAGGGGAUGCAACCGAUUCCUCUGAUCACAAUGCAACUGCCGGGGCAUCGAGCCACACCUCAUCAGACACACGGAGGUGGAUAUUUGACCCCUCAUCGCUCCAGCAACGUGCCGAGGCAUUGGAGGGGUUGCUCGAAUUUAGUGCAAGGUUGCUGCAGCAAGAGAGGUAUGAUGAGCUUGGUGUGUUACUAAAGCCGUUCGGACCAGGUAAGGUCUCUCCUAGAGAAACUGCCAUCUGGUUGACUAAGAGCUUUAAGGAGAACACUACUGGAAAGCCGGAGGAUUAAUAACUGCGAACUGCAGUGAUCUGUACGACAUCUGUAGCCAUAAGCAUUUAUCAAAUUUUUAGAUUUGGUCCAAGCUUAUCGGAUUUUAGGCAAUGAUUCAUGUUGAGAGAACCUUAUCAGUUGGGCAUUUUAGUUUAAAACAAAUGCUAAUUGUUAGUUCUAGGUUGUAGUUUCAUUAUUUUCUUUGAAAUGGAUACUUAUCAUCUACCUGUUGAUUUUUGUUU